UUGGGCUCCAUCAAAGAUUGUUCAAUCUUCUUAUAGCUUUCACGCCUCACAUUCCCCUCUACCUUCACGCCUCUCAGCCCCCUCUCAAGUGUCAGCCCUCACGCCUCUUAUCCCUUGCUCGACUCUCAGCCUGUUUGGACUUGUGUUUCCCAAAAACAUGAAGAAAGUUGUUGAAACAAUGGGUUUUGUUCUGAUUUUGCUGCUGCUGCAACAAGUGAAAGCAGCUGAUAAACCACCAACAUUAGAGUAUGGCAUCAUUUCGAAGAAUAAUAAUGGUCCUCCGUUGACGUCAACUCACCCUCCACCUGCUAAUGAUCCGACCAGCGGCUGCAACACCGGAAACUACUGUCGCCAUUUUACUCUCAGUUUUGAAAACCCCAGUGGAAUUCGGAUUGAGGCUGUGGCCGUUGAGUUAGGAACACCUUUAAAUAGCACUGCACCAGGUACUGAGGCCAUAGCCGCUGGUUUUGCUGAAUGGUCAUUGAAUAAGACAAAAUCUGGACGGUUAAGCAUUUCAAUUAAUGCUUCUGGUGCUGAAUCUGCAGAAAUGUUGCAGCUAAAGGCUAUUUCUCAAGGCAUUGCUCGCAUGGGCCUCGCUGUUCAAUAUAGGCCUAUGUCAAUGUCUAGUGAGAUUGAUGGGAGCCAAAUAACAGUUACAGUUAAUGGCACUUUUAAGGUGGACCUGAAGUUCAUGACUGAAGUUGAAAGUUUUGGAGAAGCUGAUGUUAUACAAAUCCUGGAGGGUGCUAAAUCCAUGUUAACAGCCAUUCUGAAUAAAAACUGAAUUAAACCUUGAAGUUUAAUUCAGUUAGUUCAUGUAAUUAUCACUCAGAGAUGUUAUCUACACAGUUUUGAAACUCAAAUUCCAACAUCAUCUAUCUAUUUCCUUGUUUUUAGAUAUUAUUUUUUGUAAAAAAAAAAAAAUAAAACUUUUGACAUUUUGGUUGUUUUGGAGGUUAAUAUCAUUUUGUAUUUCAAGUUAUUUAAAUAAUUUUUUAAAGUGAGCUGUAUUACAUUAUACAUCCCACGUAGUUGUUAAAUCCAAGCAUCUGGUAGAUAUUGGUUUCUUGGAACUCUUUCACUUCCAUUUGUCCCUGGUAGUGCUAGCUAUCAUUUUCAUAU